GAUCUCAGUGUGCGGGACUCUUCAGCACCACUGUCCUGGGAGGCUCCUCUAGCGCCCCCAACCUGCAGGACUACGCACGCACACACCGGAAAAAGUUCUCCUCAGGCAGCCUGUCCUAUAAAGACGAGUUGUUUUCUAUGCCGGCAGUAAAGAGAUUUUCUGUGUCGUUUGCAAAGCAUCCGACUAAUGAGCCCUUGGAGGAGCACCACGUGGCCCAGCUGUUGAGGCGCUUCUCCACUGAUGCCAGCCUGUGCCGCCCUCUCUCUCUGGACGGGGCGCUGGCCCACCACCUCAACCAGUGCUCCUACCACCUCCGCCUCUUCCGUAACUGGCUCAUCUCUGGCCAAGAACCCCUAGAGUACUUCUACGGCUUUGAAGGCUGCUCCAUGGUGCCCUCCAUCUACCCACUGGAGACGUUGCACAACUCGCUGUCCCUCAAGCAGGUGGAUGAGUUCAUCACCGCCGUGUGUGAGACUGGUGGAGAUGCCCACUCCAGGACCACAAGAGCUCUGUCGGCCAUGUUUGACUCUCAGAACCAGCCGUCGGUGGACUCCUACAUGCCUCAGAGAGUCCUCUCCUCCUCCGUAUCCCCCCGACAGCGCUCUGACAGACCUCCCUGGUACAGCAGCGGUCCGUCCAGUACAGUGUCCAGCGCUGGCCCUUCCUCCCCAACCACGGCAGACGCCUCCCCCCAUUUUAGCUUUAGCGACAAGACGCAGUUCACCCCCGAGAACAGCGAGGAGAUCCACUCCUGCCAUCACAACACAGUUCAGCAGGCCCCUACUGCUGGCCCCCAAACCCCCAAAUUCUCCAAUCCCACCAGCCCCAUGGAGGACCCGACCACCCCCUGCCAGACACCCCCAGAAGACAAUCCUGAGGCCCCAGCCACCCCCAGCCACUUGCCCCUGAGUGGAAUCUCUGAAUCAAGGCAGGAGCAGCCAGGCGAGUCCCCUGCUUCAACUGAGGCCACUUGCGGUGAAGUUCCAGACCUCAGCCCAUUGAGCCCGUCAUCUUCCCCACUGGCAGACCUCUCUCUGGGCCUUUUGGAUGGAUACCUCCCCGGUUCUCUCCCGGUGCUCCUGGAGCUCCGAGAGAGCGGCAGUGAGGCAGGAUCCAGCGCACAGACGCCCCAGUCCCCAGAGGGGCCUGACGAGUUCUUUGACACCCAGGAGACGACGGAGAUGUGGAGGGGCAGCACGGGGAGCCUCCCCCAUCCUGGGACGCCACUUGAGGUGGGAGCCCCUCAUGCGUCAGAGCCCUAGGUGGGGGCUCAGAGAACCAGAGAAGGAGCCUAGGUCUUCUAAGCGGCGAGAAGGAGCCUAGGUCUUCUAAGCGGCUAGAAGGAACUAAGGUAGAACUUCUAGGGGGCUGGAAGGAGGCUUCCAGGAAGCCCUUCAAAGUCUCUCCUCUGCCAGUUCCAUGUGGUGAACCCCCAGUGGAGCAUUCUAGUGACCUAGUCUAAGACCAAGGCCCUGUGGCUUGUAACUUAUGUCUGGUGAAUAGUGGAUCAGGCUGCUGCUUCUUAGUACUUCUCUACCCUGGUUGUGUUCAUGAGACACAGAAACUGAGAAAAAGGGAGAGGACUUCCUGGACUUGUCCAUUAAGAUACGCACAUUUUCCAUUUCCGUUUUAAAAUGUUUUCCGUGGCAUGCCAUAAUGAACACGACCCCAGUCUCUAUCCCACAGCUGUCUGUGAACCAGCCGUUGUAGGAGAACUCAGUGUGACCAUAGAACUACCACCGAGUACAGUACAACAUCCUUAUCAUGACUGUCAUGUAUGGAUGUUUUUGUCCCUGUGUCUGAUAGAAAGCCACUUGUUCUGAAGUGAACCUUUGAUGUUGCUGGUGUAAACAGUCUAUAAUGGGUGACAUCUUCUAUCCACUGAACAGCCCUCAGUGUGCGCCAUCUUCUAUCCACUGAACAGCCCUCAGUGUGCACCAUCUUCUAUCCACUGAACAGCCCUCAGUGUGCGCCAUCUUCUAGCCACUGAACAGCCCUCAGUGUGCGCCAUCUUCUAUCCACUGAACAGCCCUCAGUGUGCGCCAUCUUCUAGCCACUGAACAGCCCUCAGUGUGCGCCAUCUUCUAGCCACUGAACAGCCCUCAGUGUGCGCCAUCUUCUAGCCACUGAACAGCCCUCAGUGUGCACCAUCUUCUAGCCACUGAACAGCCCUCAGUGUGCGCCAUCUUCUAUCCACUGAACAGCCCUCAGUGUGCGCCAUCUUCUAUGAACAGCCCUCAGUGUGCGCCAUCUUCUAUCCACUGAACAGCCCUCAGUGUGCGCCAUCUUCUAGCCACUGAACAGCCCUCAGUGUGCGCCAUCUUCUAGCCACUGAACAGCCCUCAGUGUGCGCCAUCUUCUAGCCACUGAACAGCCC